AUGAUGCAACACGGUUCUUGCGAGUGUAGCAAAACAGAACUUCAUGUUUCUGCUGUACCUCCAACCAUGUCAGCCAUGCAAGAUGGACAAUGGACGAAACAUUACCCGAUUUCGGCUCUGAAUAAUUCAGCGCCCAUCGAAUUUAUUAUUCCUCCACAAACGGAAAAAUGGACAGAUUUGAAUCAGUCCUAUUUGUACAUCAAAUUCAAAGUGACUAAGGCUGAUGGAACAGACCUGGAGGCUGGCACUGAAACUUCUGUGGUCAAUAACUUUUUCCACAGUACGUUCAGUAGCAUUGAUCUGUAUUUGAACAAUAAACUAAUUUCGAGCAACACACACACCUAUCCGUACAGAGCCUACAUUGAAAAUCUCCUGUCCUACAACAAAGAAUGUAAAAACACACAACUGCGGGCGUUUGAACUCUGGGAUAAAGAUACAUCCGGUCAUAUGCAGGCUAACACACGAGCUGGAGCUAAUAGUGGAUGGAAAGUUCGCAGAACUCGUAUUGCCGAAAGCAAAUCAUGUGAACUCAUUGGAAGAUUACAUCUGGAUUUAUUCCUACAAGAGAAAUACCUCCCCAAUGGAAUUAAAAUACGCCUCAAGUUGAACAGAGCCUCACCCAACUUCUGUCUCAUGGGCACAGCCGAAGGAAAAGUUGAUAUCCAGCAAGCGGGAUUCAACGUGAGAACGGUUGAAUUACUUCCUGUGGUGGCCAACGAUUUGAAUCAGGCCAUUAGCCAGCAUAACAUGAAGAUCCCAAUACGACGCGUUGUAGUGAAAACAUUCACGAUCCCCGAUGGACAGAGAUCUAAAAUUGAUGAUCACUUGUUUCUUGGACAACUUCCAAAACGACUCAUCAUUGGUAUGGUGAGAAAUGCAGAUAUGAAUGGAGACCCCGCCACCAACCCGUUUGAUUUCAGACAUUUCCAUUUGUCUAAACUAGAAGUCAGUAUCGACGGGAAAACCAUUCGCAACAAAGCCUUCCAACCAAAUUUUGAAAAUGGAGAAUGUAUGCGAUCCUACAUGUCACUCUACCAGGCAACAGGAGCUCUCGGACUCAACAGGUCGAUUGGAUUGACUAUGACAGAAUAUAAAAGUGGCUACACUCUCUGGGGAUUUUAUCUCACCGCAGAUCAAGGUUGCGAGGAAGGUCAACUUCACCCUAUAAAAACGGGGAAUUUGAGGAUAGAUCUUCAGUUUGCACAACAACUUCCUAGCGUCGUGAACGUGACAGUGUACGCAGAAUUUGACAAUCAAAUUGAAAUCAACGGAUUGAGAAAAGUCGUCACAGAUUAUUAA